GGCUCCUGAUUCUCCCGUGGGCGGGCAACGGUUAUUUAUGGCGACACGUUGUGGCACCUUCGACUCUCCGGAUCUGCCACGGGUACCUUGGGAGCGCCGCGGAAAUCGUGAGAGUGAGAAGAAGAGGAGGCCCGGCGCGGGUACAAAGACCGGGGCAGCCAGCGUAUGCAGAGUUUCUCGAGCCUACUAUGAGUCUCUACAACCUGACGCUCGUCGCAGCAGGGCUUGUUGCCCUGGGAGUGUAUCUCACCAGCUCGGUCGCAAGGAGGCAAAUGCGGGAUGUCGAUGGACUGCCUCGUCCACCGCGAGAGUCUUGGCUGUUCGGAAAUCUUCCGCAGCUUUUCAUUCCGCAAAACUACGGUGACCAUGAAUUCGGGUGGCAGGCGGAAUACGGCGACGUGUAUGUGAUACACGGUGUUCUAGGCCAAUCUCGUAUGAUGGUCUCGGACCCCGCUGCCCUGAACCAUCUGCUUCGAAACGACGACGUCCAUCUCGCCCCGAUGAUGCUCGCGCUCGGGCGUUCCUUGUUCGGCCGAGACAAUGCGAUGGCGCUCCGAGAUGCAUCGCAUAGGAAGCUGCGCGCGGCUCUCAAUCUCGGCUUUGCCCCCGCUGUCGUGAAAGGAUACCUGGAAACCUUCGAGUCCGUCGCUCGUGGCAUCACCACCGCACUCGAAUUGGGCGACGGCCAGGAGGGCGCAGAGGCGGAUCGCUUCGGACGGGCGCAAUUCGUCGCCGAGGCAAUGGCGCCCUACCUGCCGGCUCCAUUCCUCGAUUGGAUGUUUGGUCUUCCGCUGCCGAUGUUCGCUGCAAUCCGGCGCGCGUAUGAGCUUGCCAGAAAGAUCGGAGACCAAGCUAUCCAAGACCUUGCACAAUCAGAGGACUCGAAUGAGCGGAGCUUUGAGCACUUGUAUGCGAAGAUCUUGGCGCAGAACUCGAAGAAGGCACUCUCACCUGAUGAGCUCGCUAUGCAGACGAACCUGGUCCUCAUCGCAGGUCAAGACACGACGGCAAACACGCUCGCAUUCGCGCUCGCAGAACUAGCGCGACAACCGGCGCUGCAGGACGCCCUGCGUGGCGAGAUCCGCAAGGCGCGGUUGGAGCCUGCCACCGAUUACGACUCCCUGCCACUGCUCAACGCGGUCAUCAAGGAGGCCCUCCGGCUGCUCCCGGCCGAGCCCAUCGGCGACAAGAUCGCACACGUCGACCUGACCUUGCCGCUGAGCCGCCCGGUGACGCUUUGCGACGGGCGAGUCGUGGACCAGCUGUUUGUGCCUAAGGGCCAGCUCGUGGGAUUGGCGUUCGCCGGGUACCAACGCGGUGGGACGCGCUGGGGCCCGGAACCUGAGGCGUUCAAUCCCUACCGGUGGAUCGAGGGAAAGGUCGGAGUCAGCGAGCCGAUGGCAACAAGCCCGUAUGCGCAUCUACUCGCGUUUUCGAACGGUCCGCACGUGUGUCUUGGGUGGCGAUUUGCCAUCCUCGAGAUGCAGGUCAUCCUCGCCGAGCUGGUCCCGAAGUUCGUGUUCAAGAUCCCGGACGACCCGGUUUUGGCGAUGCGCUUCAGGUUCGCCAACACGCUGAUGCCGUGCAAUGACAAAGGGGAGAAGCGUGCCUGGCUUGCUGUGGAGCGGGUACAGGACCUGUGA